CAAAACCAGUAUAUCGGGCACCCGGCCCAAUUCAUUAUACCGAAUGUACAUAGUUCCCCGUGAGACUAAUCCCUUUUGACUAGGAGAAGCAGAGAAGAUGUAUGUUGUAGAAAGGACUAUUCGAAGUAUACAGACUGCUGCCAAUUGUCCACGUCUCACCAAAUUUGCUCUUCACCCUCCUAAGUUUGUAGAGGUGGAGUUUGACAAUGGUAAUCUGUAUAAUUUGUCAGCUGAGUAUUUGAGGAUAUAUAGCCCAGCUGUUGAUAGUAAGAUCAGAUCAGUUGGUGGUGAGAAGGUCAUAUCUGGGAGGCGACAUGUGGGAAUCAUGUCUGCUGAACCUAUUGGAAAUUAUGGGGUGAGGUUAUUGUUUGAUGACUUGCAUAAGACUGGCAUCUUCACGUGGGACUACCUCUACCAUCUUGGAAGCGACAAGUUCACUCUCAUGAGAAAUUACGUCAAAACUCUAAAGAAACAUGGACUGAGCCGGGAUCCUCCUAGAAGAAAGUGAUUUUUAAAACAACCCAUAAUCUUAUAUGUGGGUGAUGGUUAGAGGACACACACUCAAAGUGGCAGGACAAUGACCAGCCUUGUAAGUAGGCUAUGGUAAGGCAUGACGAUGACUAGUCCAUAUAUUGUCAUUUCUGCUGGCGAGUUUGUGGCAUAUUUUGAGCAAUGAAAUUCUGCUAUUUCAAAAGAAACUACAUUGCAAGGAAUAUGUAGUUGAAGAUCUUUAGCUUUAAACAAUUAUGAAAGAAAAGUCUAGGGUGUCAGAUGUUACAAAGACAAGCUUGACGGGACGAUAGAGAAAAAAAAUAUGGCAAGGAAUAUCCUCAUUUUUUGGGUCAUUCUCAAAUAUGCCAUAAAUUCUGAAAACUAUAAGUAAGAAAAGGGGAUUAGAAAUAGAUCUAAUUUGGUUUUUGAUACUCUCA